ACUCUCCGCCUACGGUACGUAACCUGUGACGUGAUUGGCUGUCGCGCGAUCCCAACGACAUAUUUACAUAGAACCGAGCCCUUUUAUUCCUAGAAAAGGACAAGCUCUGUUUUCGCUCGCGCGUGUCAACGAGAGAGAACGAAGUAGCGCAAAACCAUGAAAUAAGCAGAGCUCGUCUCUUUCUACGCGAGCCUCUGCCCUCUGCCUCCGCAGGCUCCGCAGCCACCGCUGCUCAACGCACGGGUCUGGACUCUGGAUACAUUAUGUCUAAGAGGUUAGGUAAUAAGCCAGCUGGGAGCCACAAGUGCCACAACUAGAAUAAGAAGAAGUAGGUAAUAAGCCGGAGUGAGAAAGCGGUGAGCGCAGAACCGCUGUCGCGCUCUCGAACUCCGCGCAGAGCGGUCUGUGAGCACCGUCUGGAUAGCCGAGGGAGGUUAUCGAGGCGAGAGCCUGGCGACAGCGGGAUUUCGACCACCGAGCGAAAUUGGGCGCCCACGCUGCAGUCUCCUCCCCGCGAUGACGACUACCGAUUGAUCCCCCGAGCGAGAGAAACGGCGUGAAUUAUGUCCAACGGCAACGUCACUUUGCCGAAAGCCCCGAAGGACCUGUGCUUCUCCGAGCUCGACUUCGUGCAGGAGGAUUUCGAUGUCGACACGUUCCUGCAAGAUCACAGGAAGAAUGACAAGCUGGAGACGAUGCGGGACGACCUCGGCAUGUACCUGAAGUUGCUGAGGUCGGCCAUGAUCGACCUGAUCAACCGGGACUACGCGGACUUCGUGAAUCUGUCGAGCAACCUGAUCGGACUGGACAAGGCCAUCAAUGACUUGCAGGCGCCACUUGGGCAGUUGAAGGAGGAAGUUAUGCAAGUGCGGCAAGCUCUGGACGAUGAAAUCGUGGCCAUCUCGGCAAAUUUGAAUGACAAUCUGAAGAUAAGGGAACGCAAGCAAAGUUUGCACAGCCUGCAACACGUGUGCAAGUCUUUGAGAAAACUCUCCUCCAUAUUGUGCAUGAAAACGUUUAUGGAGAACCCUACGAAGAUCGACGUUCUGGAGCAGGCUGCGAUCGAGUUAAAUCAAUUGAAGUUCCACAUGUCCAGGUGUAAAUCGGAUAUCUCGGGUAAUCAGGAAAAGGAGACCACGGAAUUGGAGAGCUUAUACCUAAAGUGUCUGAACGAGCUAUUCUUAGCGUGUAUACACGAGAAGAACUCGAACUUGGCGAUCCGUUGCCUCAGGAUUUACCUUACGCUCGACAAAGUAACGAACGCCGAAGAGCUGGUCAGGCACGAGCUUGUACGGCCGUUAAUUUACAACAUAAUUAACGAGGAGAACCUUCAAACUGACCCGCUUGGUCUGCAAAGCAUUUAUCACAGACUACUGAACAUUCUAGACGUGGAGUUAAAGCAGUUGUUGGACAUCACGUUACAUCCCGAGAGAAUGUCCGUAAAGGGAUUCAAUUUUCUGGUGAACAGUUUUUGGGUGGAGAUCGAAGAAAAGAUCGAGCAGUAUAUAAAGUCAAUUUUUGCUCCGGGAGAUCCAGUACUGUUUCACAAAAGGUAUACAGCGACGUUGGAGUUUCUAACAAAAUUGGAGGCGGAGUGUGUUACACCUGAAGUUUUGGCGGCGCUGAGGAAUCAUCCGCAAUACAGGAGUUUUCUCAAGAAAUGGAAUCUGCCGGUGUACUUUCAAAUACGAUUUCAGGAGAUAGCCGGCACCGUGGAGACAGUGCUAGCCGAGCCAAUAUCACCGGACUCGGUCAAAGGUAGCCUGAUCUCGCUGACGCAAAAAGACUUCUCGCUUCAUGCAACCGACGUGGUUUGGAAUAAUCUGCUGAGGAUUUGGGCCGACGACAUCUAUUUGUAUCAAUUGUUUCACAAAUUCUGGAAAUUCAGUCUUCAAAUGAGCUCGAGGUAUCAAACGUGGUGUCAGAGUGCAAUGAAACAAGUGUGGCCAGUGAUAAAUGAAACUAAUAAUUCAAAUGACUCGGAACGUUCUACAAGGUUAAACUUUCUAGUGUAUUUGUACAUAGACGUGGAAAAAUUGAUAAACGCCCUACCAUCUUUCCUACAAAUGGUACAGUCGAAAAUUAAAGACGAGAAUGUUACGAUAUCGAAACUAUUAGAAGAUUCUCUAAAUGAAACGUUGAAGAGUCUAGCCAAUCUUUUACCUUUAGUUACCAAAGAAAUCGUAAAUGAGCUCUCGGAGCAAUGUGUAACGCACUUGAGACAAGUCAGCGACAUUCCUCGAUUGUUUAGGAGGACAAAGCGAGACGUGCCGACUAAACCUUGUCCUUACGUGAAGAGUUCGAUGAUUCCACUUAGUAACUUUUAUAUGGAUUAUAAGAAGGUCAUUCCUGAAAAUAUCUUUCUUUGGUUGGAGUUAACUUUAUCUUCGCUAACAGAAAGCUACUUGUUAUUCGUCACUGACGUGCUGACGUCUGUACAAAAGACGGAAGAGAGUUUGAGGAGGUUGAAAAAGAUUCGUGAUAAAUCCACCGGAGUUCUUUCUUCGGAACCACAGGGAAUUAGCGACGACGAAAAAAUACGUAUUCAGCUUAAAGUGGACGUGACCGGUUAUACGAACAUGGUCAGAGACCUUAAUAUCUCGACUGCUAACAUACAUCAUCUGCAGGAGUUGAUAGAUGCUGUAGAAGCAGCUGUUAAAAAAUGAAAUUUUACCAGUAAUAAUCUUUAAUUGUGUCGUAAAAUAUUUCAGGAACAGUCUUAAGACGCCGUUUUGUCAUUUGCGUCAUAAUUUACUGUCAUAGUUUCUCGAAAAGAGGUGUCGAAAGUAGAACGUCUGAAAUUUGAGCUGUCACAAUCAAUUGAAUAUUUGUUAUUUAUAAUAGUAUGUGAAAAUGUUAUUUGAUUGUAUAUAUUAUUGGUACAAUAAUUGUACAUAAAGCGUUUUUGCACAAGUA